AUGUCGACCACUUCCCUCACACCCUUCCGUACCGCCCCGAUCCAGGCAUCCUCUUCAUCCUCCUCAAGAAAACCAGACCCGAACCGCCGCAAACAGUUAUCUGCCAACUGGUGGGCCCCUCUCUUCGGGUGGUCCUCCGAUCCGGACUACAUCAACUCAUCGUCUCAGAACCUGAAUGCGGUCCCGGAUCCGGAGCCCGAGCCCGCGUCCGAGGCGGAGCGGCUCAGAUCCAGGUUCUCCCUCGGGUGUUUCACCGAAGACAAGGCCAAGCAGCUCCGGAGGAAGACUCUGGGGGGCUCGACUUUCCACGACGCCAUGUACCACUCGGUGAUCGCGUCUCGUCUCGCCACCGACUUGUCGGACCGCGCUAACAACGAGAAGUGA